CAUUCUCUUACAGAAAAUAGUCGCAGUUUCCACGCACCAAGCAACGCAGCCCUCUUAACCUCUUCAAAUAUGUCGACAUUUCUCUUCUCAGACGCCUCCUCUGUGUCUAUCUUUCUCAUCCAUUCUAUUACAGAAACAUCAAUAUAAGGGCCAGAUGGAUGUGCUGUGGGCAGAAUAAAAGCAUCAUCCUCAUCUCUCAUCUCUCAUCCUCAUCCUCAUCUCUCAUCGUAUGACGCUUGUCAUGGUUUCGGUGUGAACGUCGAUGUAGAUUGAACUCAUCAGACGAUCCAUCACUAUAUAGAGAUUCGUGUUUUUCGAAUUCCCAAAAAAUUCGCACCCAUGUCAUUCAUUGAGGAUCUAUUACCUUUGAUUUUCUUUGAUCAAAUCCGAGAAAAGACCCGAACUUUCUCAGGUAAUUUACGAAAACCCACGUCUUAAUUGCUGAGGAGAUUCGUUUGAUAAGAACUAAACUUAGUUUUGAAUCUUGGGUUUUGUUGUUUUGAUUAUUUAUUGACAACAGUUUAUUCCAAUUAAGCCAAAGUACUUUGUGUUAAGGCUUAAUUGGCUGAUUAUCUUUUUUUGCGAAGUCUUAAAUUAAAGAGCUAUGGACAACCCAAGAAGUUCCUUUUUUCAAGAAACCGUUUUGUUGAACUGAUUUUUCUUGGGUGUCGAAAAUUUUCUUGUUUCGGGUGAGAACAGAGUUAAUUUUUCAAGGUUUAUCUAUUUUUCUCGUUACUUUUCUCACUUAGCAAACGGGCGAAGAGGGAACAUGGUCCCGAUUUUACACUAAAUGUCAUAUGAAUUGGCUGGUUUGGGGGUGAUCCUGAGUUUGGCUUUUGUUGUUUAGGUGGAAAAAAGGUCGCUUUUGGAGUAUUGUUGUUUUUUAGCUUCAUUUUCUCCUUAACCAAACACUCUAAUUAGAAAGAAAAAAAUAAGGGAUUUCCUCCUCAUGAUAAUUUGUACAAUUUGAUUGCAUUUUUUGAAUUUCCUUAAGUUUUCUUUCCUUGCUUUGGUUAAAUAAAGCUUCUGUUUUAGAUUUCUGUAAUUUACUUCAUUUUCCUACCAGCCAAACAGUAUAACCAUAUCAGAUUGUAAUCUCAGUAUAAUUCACUUGAAUUCUUGGUGAUUCAUCAGGGAUUUUAAAACUUGGUUUUUCUUUAUUUUUGGUUGUCCAAAAAGACUCUAUGUUGCAGAACCUUUCUCAAUCCAUGUCCAUCACCACUUGCAUUGGCGACAAUUCUGAGCUAGAAGCAUGCCAGGACAAGUCGGGGGCAUUCAUAUUCAAAAUGGUAGCUAUUGGCACCAUCCUCACCGCCGGAGUGUGUGGUAUUGCCAUACCAUUAGUUGGCAAGAAACACAGUUUCCUUCGAACUGACUCAAAUGUUUUUGUUGCCGCCAAAGCCUUUGCAGCCGGCGUUAUACUUGCCACUGGCUUUGUUCACAUGUUACCGGAUGCCACUAAGGCUCUGACGAACUCCUGUCUGCCCAAAAUCCCUUGGUCAAAGUUCCCGUUCUCUGGUUUCAUCGCCAUGAUGGCUGCAUUGGCUACAUUGAUGGUUGACUUUGUGGGGACUCAGUAUUAUGAGAGAAAGCAAGAGAAACAAAGUCAAAUUCCCCGAGUUGACUCGGUGGAAUCGGUGGUUGAGUCAGGUAUUGUUCCUGUGGUGGAGGCAACACAAAGGAUUGGGGCUGUGUUUGGGGAAGAGGAAGGUGGUGCAAUGCACAUUGUGGGUAUGCAUGCGCAUGUGGCGCAUCAUAGACAUAGCCAUCCUCAAGGACAGGAUGCUUGUGAGGGGCAUGUGAAGGAGGAUGCCAAUGGGCAUGGACAUGGGCACUCGCACGGGUUUGGUGAUGUGGACAAGGAUGGUGGUGUGAGGCAUGUGGUUGUUUCGCAGGUUUUGGAAGUUGGAAUCGUAUCACACUCGGUGAUCAUUGGACUUUCACUUGGAGUUUCAAACAGCCCAUGUACCAUUAAACCCUUGAUUGCAGCACUAUCAUUCCAUCAGUUCUUUGAAGGGUUUGCACUGGGAGGCUGCAUCUCCCAGGCACAAUUAAGGUCCCUACAUACAAUCAUAAUGGCAUGCUUUUUCUCUGUAACAACCCCGGUUGGGAUUGCCAUUGGAAGUGGCAUUUCUUCGUUUUACAAUCCGAUGAGCCCAAGAGCAUUAGUUAUCGAAGGUAUCUUUGACUCUCUCUCUGCUGGUAUUCUAGUAUACAUGGCUUUAGUGGACCUUAUUGCUGCUGAUUUCUUGAGUAAGAGAAUGAGCUGCAAUGUGAGGCUCCAGAUAGCCUCUUAUAUCAUGUUGUUCCUUGGGGCUGGAUUGAUGUCUUCUCUGGCAAUCUGGGCUUGAACAUACAUGUUUCCUCCUUUUUAGAUGUGAAAGUUCAAGAAAUCUUCACUUAUUUCUUUUUCAUAUUUCUGUGUUGUAAUUUUUGUAAGGAGGGUUGGGGAAAGGUGGAGUAGAGGAAUGCAAUGUUGUAAUUUAGAUUUCAGAAGUUUCAUUUUAUUUCAUUGAAUACCAUUCUUUUUCCCCUUCAAGUGGAA